AUGAGACACAUAGCAGCUUUCGUAUUACUUGUCGGCCAUCUUUAUUUCUCUACUCAAGUGUCAGGCUUAAACCGCGAUAAGCUUACAGCGCCAUCUGCACUUAAAUUGAAGGUGAUCGGUGAUUCUCACCGAAAGAAAUGCAGCUAUAUAAAAUGUCCAACAGUGGAACAUCCGGUAUGCGUGAAAUUGAAGAGUAAAAAUCGUAACACACCGAAAAACAUUUACAUAAUCGUGAUAAACAAAUGCGAAUUGGAAUAUAUGAAAUGUCAUGAAGAGCUGGAGGCGGUCGUGGUGCCGAUGAAACAUUGCGACCACAAACACCCAUCAGAAACUCCAACCAAAGCUGGCUCAAAGAGGGUAAAAAGGAGUCCAACCAUAGCGACUGGACCAUCUCAAGACAACAAAAUCGCGACCCAGGUGGCCCGAAAACGUGUUGCCACCAAAGAAUCACCGAGGGUCGAAUACCGCUCACUCUACUUCGGCCCCAAAAGCCGGAAAGACGCUGAUGACGAGGAAGAUGCGGAGGCCGAGGAAGCCGGCGGUUCCGACGCCCAACGCGACGUUGCCACGGAGAGCGCCGAAGCCAAUUUGGAGACGGAUCAAAACGGGGCGACACCGGAAAAGAUUUCGUUCCCAGUACACGCCAGUUAUGACGAGCUAUUGCCUUUGAAUGACGGCGGCAACAAAGAAGAAGCUGACGACGAUGAUGAUCGCAAAGUACAGCCGCCCGGUGGCGGUGUUAAUAUAAACAUUGAGCUGGUAGAAGAUUCCCAAAGAAUCGACGAGGAAGAUGAGCAAGGAAUUGAAGAGGAGAAUAACGGACAGUACGAGGGAGCCGACGAGGAAGAGAACACGAAGAAUAUAGAAAACGAAGAAGCGGACGAAGAAGAGAACACGAAGAAUAUAGAAAACGAAGAAGCGAAGGAAGAAGGAAACGUGGAAGAAAAUGAUGAUUCUGACAACGAAGCACGGGGCUUGAAAAACACCGAGCAGAGCAACGGCGAUCAGGACCCGGUUAAAAUUAAAGCGCCAAUGGUUUCAGUGAAUUUUAUAGUCAACAAAGACAAGCAGGACGAGUUAGCGGCAGACCAAGCGCAAAUUAACAACCCAGAGGAGUCACAGCCCAAGUCAGCGGAGGCAGAAGAGGUUGAUACUGAGAGGGAAGAUCAGGUUGAAACGGAAGCCGCUCCAGAGUUAGCGGCGGACGGCGCUAACACAAGCGACCGAGAUGAGACACAACCUAAAACAGCAGAUGCCGAAGAGGCGGGCUCCGAGAAGGAAGAUCAGAUCGUAAUAAAAAUAACUCCAGAAGGCGAAGACCCCCAAAAAGAAGACCCAGCUACCCAAGAGGAAGGCGAAGACAUUCAAGGAAAAGCGGUGGCAGACGACGGUGACGGAAAGAAUGAGGAUAUGGACGUCGAAAAGCCGUCGGAUGCUGCAGCUGAUCCAUCAAAUGAUCAAGACCAGCAACCACCCGGUGACGACUACGUCACGAAUAAGCCACCAGAUUACGAAGACGUGGACCUUGACGAGUACAAAAGCGAUUGUCCCACCGUUUGCCCGGCAAGGGACGUGAUGCUCUGUGCCAGAUGCAAGGAGGGCGUAUACAGGACCUUUAUGAGCUCCUGUCAUAUGAGAAUGUUCAACUGCAAGCACCCGGAAGAGAAGCUGGAACUGGUGUCGCGGAAGCCGUGCAUGCUGUCCGCGCCGUUCCUGAACGAAAUGCCGCAGGCGAGGGGACGCGUCGGAGAGCGGAGGGACGCGGACCCGGUCCUGCACUAUUUGAUGUGCAGAACGAAGAGCGACUCGGACGAUCCAAAUUGCAGAAACGUCGGUACGACCGAUGCCACCGAAAUAAAG